AUGGAAUCAAACAUCUUCGAAUCUAAAUCGCUGAAGCAUAGAGGGAAGGAUGAGAAGAUGACGAUUAGAAUGAAUCAGAAUCAAAUUAUUGUAGUAUUAGAGCCAUCAGAUUUAUAAUCAGCAAUGAAAUUCUAGAUCGAAUAGAUAAAGGAUAAGGCAGCUAACAAAAAUUAUAAUUGGGAAAUCUUUGAUAUAAAGCAGGAAAUUGGAGCAGGUACCUUUGGGUAAGUAUUUGCAUCAUUGGAUUAAAAGACAGGAAAGAAAUACGCUCUAAAAUUUAUUGGCUAUAACGAUGAAAGUGAUUAAGACCCAGAAUUCAAGGCAGCUGUCAGAGAAAUUGUUAUUAUGCAGACAUUAUCAUAAACUAAUUGUUAUGGGUUGCUAAAAAUUUAUGAUAUCUAUCCUUGCAUAAAGGAUGAUAAUAAGUAUCUAGUGAUUGUGAUGGAAUUGUGUGAUUGUAAUCUAAUGGAGCUCUUGAAAGUACAUUUCAAUUUAUAAUUCAAGGUGAGAAUAGAAGAGAAUAAAACCAAAUGGACAGAUGAAGAGUUGCUGUACAUCUUACAUUAAUUAGUUGAAGGUUUUGUAAUUAUGAAGAAACACAAUGUUACUCAUCGUGAUAUAAAACCUUAAAAUAUCCUAUAUUGUUAAGCAGACAAAUCUUACAAAAUUGCUGAUUUGGGAGGUGCAAAAUUUCUGAAACCAAAAUAAACUUAAUUAAAUACAGUUCGUGGGUCUCCAGCUUAUUGGGCUCCUGAGAUUUAUUUUUUUUGUGAUUUGUAAAAGGACAAGGAAGGUCGUUUUUUUGUAGGUAAAUAACAUUUAAAUUAUGAUCCUUAUACAUCUGAUGUCUAUUCAGUUGGGAUAACCUUUUUGUUAAUGCGCAAAUUAAUUCCAAGAUUAGAUAGAGAAUCUCUGAAAAUUGAAGUUGAAUUGCUUAGGAAAUUGAAAUCACCAUCUAUUUUUGAAUAGAUAAUCAUUAAAAUGCUAGAAUAUGAUGAUCAAAAGCGUCUUUCUUUUGAAGACUUAUUAUAACUCAUCUCCUCUUAUAAAGAUCUAUUUAAGAAACCUAAUGAAGAUGUAUUCGUUAACUGUUUGAAAACUUAAUAGGAUAAAAAAAAUUUGAGUGUUUAAGAUUUGAUGAUGAGGGAGGUCAAAUUAGGUGAAGCAUAUGAAAAGUUGAAUUUGCCUGAACAUGCUAAAUCUCAUUAUGAAUUAGCAUUGAAAUAUGCCAUCAAAUUAUCCAAAGAUAGUGCCAAGGCAGAUAUUAUGAAUAGUUUAGGAACUGUCAAUUGUGAUUUGGAGCAGUACGAUGAGGCUGAGAAGAACUUUUGUGAAUCGGUUGCUCUAUACAAAAAGCUGAAUGGAGAUAAACAUUCUUCAGUGGCAGAUGGGUAUAAUAAUUUGGGAAUUGUUAAACGAAAAAAAGGAGAGUUUGAGAAAGCCAUUAAGCAUUAUGAAUAAGCGUAUCAAAUCAAAGAAUAGAUAUUUGGAGAAAACAACUUAGGAGGUGCAGUCAUUUUAUAAAACAUAGCCAUGGCACAUAAGAAAUUGAAGAACUAUGAUCAAGCUAUCAAAUAUUUUAAAAGUGCCUUGCAGAUCAAAAAACUAUUAUGUGGAGAUCGCAGCCCAAUCCUUUGCUCAACUUAUGAUAAUUUGGCGAGAGUUUAUUAUGAAAAACAACAGUUUGAUAUGGCAAUCUCAUUCUAUUCUAUUACUGCUGAAAUCUAUAGGAAACACCAAUAAUCUAAUUAAUAGAGAUUAUCUGAUACUCUAUUUGAAAUAGCCUUAUGUUUCUAGAAAAUAGGUAGAUAUGCAGAAACAAUAAAAGCAGCACAAGAAUCCUAUAAUUUGAGGAAGCUAAUAUAUGGAUAAUAUGCGAAACAGACUGUGAAAAGCCAAGAAUUACUAUCUCAAAGCUUUCUAGAAGAAGGUAGGUAUGAAGAGGCAUUGUAACACUAUACUUAACUGAAAUAAUUUUACCUCGAUAAUUUAGUCAAAUGCACUGUUGAUGAGAGAUUCGAUAGCAUGGCAGAUAUUCUUAAGAAUUUAGGAGCCUCUUAUAUGGGAGUUCAGAAAUAUGAUAAGGCUUUGGAGCAUUAUAAAGAAGGAAUAGAGUUCCUUAUGAAGAGAAACGAUAAUGAAAGUACAAGAAUGGCCAAAAUAUAUUAUAAUAUGGGAUUAGUCUACAGAAAGAUGAAGGAUUUUAAAUCUGCUGAGUAGUAUUAUUAAACUGCAGCAAGUUUAAUUGCUGCUAGUAAAUCGGCUUCGGAUCUGAUUACCUUAGGAGAUAUUUACAACAAUUUCGGAGUGUUGUUUGGAACUUAGGAUAAAUUUGUUUAGGCAAAGAAAUAUUUUCAAAUGUCAUUGGAAAAUUAUCAAAAGGUUUUAGGACCCAAUCAUAGUAUAUGUAAAGAAGUUUAAAUAAACAUCAAGGAAUUAUAGAAGUGGAUAUCGAAAUGA